ACGUCAUCAAAUCAUUCUACCUUUCUCAACCGACAAAAUAUCAACAAAUGUCCUUUUCCGCUUGCGACGCCUCAUGUCGUUAUAGCCCGAGUAGUCGCGCUUAUUGAAGGCGAUUUUCUGCAGAGCGUGCUCAGUAACGGUCCAUUAGGCUGAAAAGAUGUCUUACGUUAAAGAGAUGGGGAAGUAUGAGCAGGAUGCUCAGGCUCCUGUUCACAAGAUCCGGAUCACCCUCAGCUCACUGAAUGUGCCAUCUCUUGAGAAGGUGUGCGCCGAGCUGAUCGACAAGGCCAAGGGCAAGGACCUGCGCGUGCGCGGCCCGAUCCGCAUGCCGACCAAGACGCUGCGCAUCACCACCAGGAAGACCCCCUGCGGAGAGGGCUCCAAGACCUGGGACAGGUUCCAGAUGCGCAUCCACAAGCGUCUGAUCGACCUGCACAGCAGUCAGGAUACCGUGAAACAGAUCACCUCCAUCAACAUCGAGCCGGACGUGGACGUCGAGGUGACCAUGUCCGACUCGUAGACCGUUCAAUACAUGAUGCGACCGUGA